ACGUAAAGUAGGUCAUGUAGAAAAAAAAUAGCGGGCCUCUUAGACUCAGUCAUUCUCUCCUUUUUUUGAUUAAUGAAUAUAAUCUGUUUACAUUAAGAUUGUGGACUAAAGUGUCCAAAGUAAACCCAAAGGUUGAGUUUUCAAGGGUAAUGUAGUCUGAGCGUAAAUUCGGAUGGCUAGGACUAGGAGUAUUACAUAGUCAUAGUUUGUCAUAAGAAUUUUUUUAGCUCACUAGUUAUUUUUAGUACUCUCCAUCGCCAUGGCAUUAUAAUAUUUUAAUUAUUAUGUUUUUCUUUUGCAGAACUAGCCUACAUCUGUAACUAAGUUUUCACGACAUAUAGCCACUGCUACUACACUAAUGAGUAUUGUAAUUUGUACUGUUAAUUAGUGGUAUCGUGCACGAUCAGUGCACUAAAAUUUUAACUAUAACUGUAAUAUACCUCGGCCUUGACUGAAAAUGUCUGAAAUAUUGGAUGCUAUCAAAAUGUGGCUGGUAGCCCUAUUGUAUGGUUUUAUUUCGAUACUCAACAUUGUGAAGAGCUGCUUUACUAAAGGUUUCCGACAAGUUUUAUCAUGGAAGAAAAGGGAAAGGCCGUCUUGUUUGGAUGCUCCUGAUUUUGGUACUCAUGGAUUCUUAAAAAUCUCAGAGGUAUUCUAUGUCAUCAGCUUAAAACUUUCUUAUUUUUAAAAAAAAAUACCUUCCCCACAACAUGAUGGCAUGGUGAAUGAGCUUGCUUUAUUAUUAUUAUUGAAAUGCUAUUUAAAAUUUAGGCCCAUUAAUUAUUAAUAUGAGUAUGAGGUACAGAGGCGUAGCGAGGGGGGGGGGACAGAUGUCCCCGGGCAAGCUAGUUAGGGGCGCCAAAAUGUGCUUUGAUUUUAUAUUAUUGGUAAAAAUAAUGGGUUUGAGAGUUGAAAAAAAGAAAAGGGGGCGCUUUAAAAUGGAUCUUGUCCCCGGGCGCAAAUCUUGUCCCCGGGCGCCAAACACCCUCUCUACGCCUCUGAUGAGGUAGAAUGUUCAUUAAUGAACAUUAAGAUAAGAAGAACUAUGGUAGUAUGCAUUAUUUUGUAAUAUUCAUUUUAAUUUUAUUAAUAUUAGCCAAAGCCACCAAUGAGUCAGAUUACAAAACAACAUAUUUUCUUUCUUGAUACUGGAAAAUACAGUUUUAUCAGGAGAUACAAAUUCAUUUUGUGACCCAAAGAUUGUUUCUAGAAAACGAUUUGGUUUCAUAUGUUAAAUGUGAUCCUUUUUUUUUCUCAUCAGGACAUACAAAUUCAUUAUGUGGCAAGUGGACCUGAAGACAAGCCACUUAUGCUGUUUGUUCAUGGUUUUCCGGAGUUUUGGUACUCAUGGAGACAUCAGAUCAAAGAGUUUCAGAAAGACUACAGGUGAAGCAUGAGAUACUAUUAUUAGUGGCAUUUUUAUACAACCAGUGGCAGGGGGGGGGGGGCGCCCCGGGGGGAAUUUUAUUAUUAUAUGGGGGGGCAGCAUUUUGGGUAAAAAGCUACGUUUUUCCCUUGGGAAGGGGGCAGAAAAAAUCUUAGCUCUCCCCAGGCAGCAUGAACUGUAGCUAUACCCGUUGCAUACGAAUACAACUGUUGUGAAAAAUGUUUUUGCCUCCUAAACUUUUAUUGUUUGAAAAUAUUAUUUUUAAGGGUACUUACAGUGAUAAUAAUAAGACAUUUAGCUAAGGUUUGACAGUAGGAAAACACCAACUUCACUGAGGCGGAAAUAUAGCAUUGCUAUUCAAUAACUGUCAAAACUUAAGGGCCAAAUACUUUUGAUCAUCUUUCAGUUAUCAGUUUUGAAAUAUCCACCAGAUGUCUUUUACAAAUUUUCCUUCUCAUCAAUUAUCUGUUUUAUUUUUAUCAACAUUAAUUGUUUAUGGUCUACAUUAUUUGGCUUUGUGUAUUUAGGGUAUGAUUGCUGCUGCUGUUAAUAUUAAUAGAUAUGAGGUUGUAAAAAAAAAAGAAGAAAAAAAGGAACCAGUGAUGAUGACUCAUACUAUAUUGAGAAGGCUAAUGAGUUAUCUCUUUUAGGAGGAGACAUGAGUUCUCACUAUGGCAGUUAUGUCUUAUGAUAAGGAAUUCUUAAACCAUGAGCUCCGAGGAAACUUUAGGAUACCAUAAUGUUUCCCUUAUCCAUCGGUGGCCAUUUAAUUCACAGCUGUCCCCUGGGAUUGGGUGGGUGGGUUGAUUAAGAUCAUUAAAAAAAUAUCCACAUCAAACCUUUGUCCCAGAUGACAUUCCUAUGGACCAGAAUGAUCAGGUUUUAGGGUGAUGUCGUUCUGUAGUGAAAUGUUAAAAUUUCCCUGACCAUGGGCGCAUGGAUACACAAAAAAAGCUUUGUCUGUUGUAAUCAUUUUAACAACAGUAGUUUUAUGAACAUUUUGUCAAACAGAGUUGUUGCCAUAGACCAAAGAGGUUACAGUGAGUCAAGCAAACCAUUGGGCAUAGAAAACUACACGGUGACCAAACUCAUGGCUGACCUAGCUCUGGUCAUUCAAGGAUUAGGUAAAUAGUUUCUACCAUUUAACAAUAAUAAUAAUAAUAAUAAGUGGUCUUAUAUAGCGCGGUACCCCGGCCUAGGGCUGGGCUCACCGCGCUGUACAUAUAUAGCAAAGAGGCAUAAUCAUAAUAUUAAAAUAAAAUACAUAAAUGAAAUAAAAACAACAUAUAAGCAAAACAACACCAUAGGUAUAUUCAUCCACCCACACCAGACAUUUUUACAAGGAAACCCAUGUACGUUUAUCGGUUUAUAGGAGGAGAAUCAGUCAGAGUAGUAUAGUUUAAAUAGAUGUGUUUUGAGUGCAGUUUUGAAGGCCUGUGUGGUUGUUAUAUUGCGGAUGUGUAGUGGCAAAGAAUUCCAUUGUUUGGGGGCGCAGAAAGAGAAAGAUCGUUCACCAUAUAAUUUAGUGCGUGUCUUGGGAACGGACAGAAUACGCGAGUCUGCGGAGGAGCGAAGUUGUCGAAGGGGUGAAUAGACAGAAAGAAGUUCAGUUAGAUAGGAAGGGCAGGAAUCCGAGAAAAAGUUGUGACAGAGAAGAGACAGCUUGUAGUCAAUGCGUGCCUGUAUAGGGAGCCAAUGUAGUGAGUGGAGUAGUGGAGUGACGUGAUCGCGUUUUUUUGCCUUAAGAACAAGCCUAGCAGCAGAGUUUUGAACUUUCUGCAGUUUUUCUAUAAAAUGUUUCGGUGAACCUGACAGAAGUGAGUUGCAAUAGUCAAGACGAGAGAGAACAAGAGCACAGACUAGAGUUUUUGUUGCGCUAACUGUCAGGUAGUGGCGGAUGGAGCUGAUCUGACGGAUGGCGGUGUAUGCCGAACGACAAAUGUGAGAGAUAUGUUUAUCGAGAGACAUGUUGUUAGAAAGAAUAUAACCAAGAUUCCUAGCAGAGGGUGUAAACUGUAUGUCGGAGUUACCUACUUGAAAUGAGGUGGGAAGAGUUGAGGUAGAGGAUGAUUUGUGAUUGUAAAUGAGGAGUGCUUCUGUUUUGUCAUCAUUAAGCUUCAACUUGCUGAGUGUCAUCCAAGACUUGACAUCAUCAAUGCACCCCCGCAAAGUCUGGACAGCGGAAUCGACAAGAGAUGGAUGGGUAUGCAUGUAUAGCUGUGUAUCAUCUGCAAAUGACUGGUUCUCAACAGCAUGCCUCCCGAGCAAGAGGAGUAGUGGUCUGGUAUACAUUAUGAAUAGAACCGGACCCAAAACGGACCCCUGUGGCACUCCGUACACCAAAUCAGCACUGCCGGAGAGACAGCCAUCGACAGAGACCAUUUGCGUUCUAUCAGAGAGGUAGGACCUAAACCAAGCCAAAACCGAACCAGAAAUUCCAAAGUAGUUUUCAAGGGUUUUGAAAAGGAUUUCAUGGUCAACAGUGUCAAAGGCCGCACUGAGGUCUAAGAGGAUCAAAAUGGAGACAUUACCGCUGUCCAUUGCGCGCAAGAGGUCAUUACUGACUCUCAAGAGAGCUGUCUCCGUGCUAUGGAAAUGUCUAUAGGCCGACUGAUUAGAACUGAGAAGAGAGUGAUCAUUUAAGUAAGCAAAAAGUUGUUUUAGGACUAGUUUUUCAAUAACUUUAGAUAAAAAUGAUAAGUUAGAUACAGGUCUAUAGUUUUUUAAAUUAUUUUCAUCCAGACCGGGCUUCUUAAGCAAUGGUUUGAUGACAGCUGAUUUGCAAAGAGGCGGAACAGUGCCAGAAUAUAAGCUUUCAUUUAUUAUGCGGGUUAUUGUUGGGAGCAAGAUAUCUAAUGACUCAACCAACAGGGGGGUUGGGAUGGGAUCCAAAUAACAUGACGUAUGUUUAGAUUUUAGGAUUAUAUUUUUUACCUCAAGUUCUGAAACAGGUUUAAAAAUAUUAAAAUGGGAAGUAAGACAAGGGAAAGGAGGCAAUUCAAGGGGAGGGGCAUCAAGACGAUCAAGCUCAGCUCGAAUGUCAGCUACUUUGCUUGUAAAGAAAUUACAGAAAAUAUCUGGUUGCUUGGGCAGGGGAAACACCGAAGGAAGCGCAGUUCCUUUGUUACUCCCCCUAAGGUGACCACAAACAUCAAACAACUGCCUGCUGGUUUUACCCAUAGUUAUCUUUUGGCUAAAAUACGUAGUCUUAGCACGACAAACAAUCUGAGUGACACGCUUCUUGGCAGCGUAAAAUAUCUGCUUAAAAACCACAAGACCUGACCUUAACCACUUCUUUUCUGCACUACGGCGCUCUUUCUUGGCACUGCGUAGUUCCUCCUUGAUGGUCGCAUACCAGGGAGAUGACCGCUUUAGACUAAAAUUGCGGCGGGUGACAGGGGCGUGUCGGUCAACAACACAUCACUCUAAUCCUAAUUAUACUUAAUUUUAUUUAGAUUUUUAAACUUGAAAAUCAGCUAAUUAUUAAUAAAUGGUUGAGCUAAAUCAUUAUGGAGCAUUAAUGUUUGCUCAAGGUAUCUCUAAAACUCUAUUGCAUCUUUAAACCUGGUGCUACAGAUUUUUUUUAAAAAAGUCUCUGGUAUCAAGAAAGUAAAUUAAACAUGCUAUAUAUAGAAUCAGUACUUGGGGUUUAGAAAAAAUCCUCCUACAGCGGGACCUCUUAUUAAUAUUUUUUAAAAUCAUUCAUAUAAACUUCACUUUUGUUCUUGUGUUUCUUUGUGGCAAAAUCUUCUGAAGACUAGUGGCCAACUUCCCGUCAUCCUAUCAAGCUGAAGCUUGGCUUAUAGACUUGUUGCUGAUGAUAACAUAUUCUAUGAAGUUUUCAGCUCAACCCCAAAAAUAGCUUUUGUUCAUGUGUUUCUUUGUGGAAAAAUCUUCGGAAGGCUAAUUGACCCACUUCCUAUCAUCCUUUCGAGCUGAAACUUGGCACUUAGACUCAUUGCAGAUGACAACUCAUUCUUUCAAAUUUUCAGCCCUAACCCCCAAAAAUCAGUUUUUCCGUGCUUUGUAUUUGUGAUGUAUUAGGGUAUGGGAGAUGACGCUGAGUGCAAACUAAAAUGCAUGUAAAGAAUUUAUUAGAAAAAACUUAUUUUUAUGGGUUGUUAAAUUUGAACCCUAUUUUAUAGUCUGGUAAAGUCAUGGAUCCCCUCUGGUGACGCCCCAAAUGAUCUAUUGAGCAUAAAAACUCCACAAACAUUUAAUUUUAGUUUCAUAAUGAUGAAACUUGUAAAAUUUUGUUCUCAUUCAUGAACAUCCUUUAAGUCAUCCAAGAAUUCCCAAUUCUUAUAAAAAAAAAAAAAAAAAAAAAAAAAAAAAAAUAUUUAAUUUUAGUUUCAAAAUAAUGAAAUUUUUAAAAUUUUGUUCUCAUUCAUGAACAUCCUUUAAGUCAUCCAAAAAUUCCCAAUUCUUAUAAAAAAAAAAAAAAAAAAAAAAUAAAAAAAAAAGUCUCUUAAACAUAUCAUAGAAUUUCUGAUAACAUUACAAAGAAAUGUGUAGGCCUAUGGUCUAUGAUAAUAGUUGAGGUUGGGUGAGUCUGCUGAAGGAUACGAUGUGUAGGCCUAUAGUUGAUGAUGAUAGUUGAGGUUGGGUGAGUCUGCUGAAGGAUACGAUGUGUAGGCCUAUAGUUGAUGAUGAUAGUUGACGUUGAGUGUCUCCUGCAGGUUACAAAAAGUGCAUCCUUGUGGCCCAUGACUGGGGAGCUGUGAUAGCCUGGGCAUUUGGCAGAAAGUAUUCAGACAUGGUGGACAAGCUGAUCAUCAUGAAUUGCCCAUCAGGACCCCUCUUCAAGUCUGUCCUCAAGGAAAGCACAGCUCAAUUCAAGAAGUCUUGGUAAGUUUACAAUACACAUUGUCGCGUGUGGGAGUUCAUUAGUUAUUGUUGCGACUGAAUGAGUCACUGCGCGUGGUUUGUUUGAGAGCUGUUUAAGUAGUGAACCCUCUUCCCGCACUUAAUUAACUUGGGGACAAAUUAUCUAGACUGAUUGGUGAUAUAAGUUUGAAUCCCGCGCCAGUGUUGAAUGGAACUGUGUGGAGGUAGGGUGUAUUAUUUCGGGCUAUAGCGAGCUGCGCUAUCGAUGCCUGUGUGCAUGGAGUUUACAGCCUGUGUUAAUAAUAUGAUAUUAAAGUUGCAUUUAUUAUGAUGAAGGACUUGAGUUAUUCGAUAUUAGUAAGAUGUAAUCAACCUGUAAAAGAAACUGAAAGAUUGACCAACCCAUUAGAACAAGGAGUUGACAUACAUCAGAAGCCUGUCUUCUAACUGAAGCCAAUUCAAUCACAUUAUCAGAUUAUUUGCGCAAUAUAAAGCUAGGAAAUGUCUUGUGGGUUGUUUGUUGUUGUUUUUUUUUUUUUGGGGGGGGGGGGGGAUGAAAUAUGGGCUUAUGUUGGUUAUGGGGUGUUUACAACAGGUGGGAGAAGGCAGGUUUCAGGAGUCAUAGAGUUUAACUACUCAUCAUUGUUACAGCUUGUCAGAGAAAUUUGUUAGGAUGCUACCAAUGGAUGAGAAAAGGCAGGAUGACAAUUAUUCUAUGAAAAUUAUAUUUCGUAAUAAAUAUUGACUUAAAUUUGAUUUUUUGAAACAACCCUUUUUUUAAAAAAUCAUGCCAGAUUCAUAAACUAAUUCUAUUUUCUGGAGUCACUCAGAUUUUCCCAACUCCUAGGAGCAUAAAAUUUUAAUUUAAAAAAAAAAUAUGUGGAAUCUCUGUUUUUUAUUUUUAGGACAUUUUUUUAUCAGUAUAAUUAUCUUGUGUUAUGCUCAUAUUUCAGGUACAUGUUUUUCUUCCAACUUCCAUGGCUACCUGAGUUUAUUUUAAAAACAAAUGACCUGGGAGCGUUUGAUAGCAUGGUGCCAAAGAAAGGCAGUUCAGAGAACUCGGGGGAUGAUGUAUCAGCAUACAAAUACACCUUUUCUCAACCAGGUAUAUUUAUCAUAAAAGCUAAAAGUGUACCAUUUAUCCCCAAAAAAAGUUGUAAAUUCUGAAUGACUGCAGUAACAUUAUUUAACAGCUAAAUAUAUGUUACCUGCCUAGGCAAUAUGGAAACUACUAGGACAUUCCUUUAGGUUUGUGUUAAUAAUCGGGUUAGGGUGGGGGGUUAGGGUUAGGUUGGGGGUUUCCCCCUAAUAACAUGCAUGAACAACCUAAUGCAGCCAUACUGAGAUCAAGGAAUCCAGAAUACAUAAAAUGUUUUGUACAUUAAAAAAAGGUCAAAGGUUGAGGAAAUGACUUUUUAAAAAUGUAUUUUAAUUAAUGUUUUUGGAUUGGGUUUAACCUAGUCAAAAAGAGUAUCUGUUUUAGAGCUAUCCAUCCCAGUUUAUCAUUAUCUAAAGACAAGUAUUGCAUUGCAAAACAAUUCAAAUUUAAAGGUAAAUUUUAUUCUUUUUGGGACAAAAAUUAUUAACAAAACAGUUAAGUAGUGAAUAAAACUGAAACUAUUUUUAAAGAAACUUUAAAAAAAAAAAACUUCUUUCUCUAAACAGGAGCUCUGACAGGACCAAUGAACUACUACCGGGCAUUCUUCAGGAUUAAACCAUCCACUGAACAUGACCUGGACUACACGAUGCCCACACUUCUCAUCUGGGGUGAGAAGGACACAGCUCUAGACAUGAUACUUCCCAAUACAAUUGAAAAAAUUGCACCAAAGGUUGAGGUGGUCAAAAUACCAGACGCCAACCACUUUGUUCAAAAUGAUGCACCAGAAAAAGUCAACGAGAUUAUGAGACUGUGGCUUGACCAAAACUGAUGGAAUUUUCAGGAGGGACAUUACAUUAGUGUCCGGUAUUUGUGUGUUUCAUGAUUGCUAAAAAUGGUAUUGAUGAUCAAGGACCCAGCUGGUGUAGAUUAACAAGUAAUUCCAAAACUUUAUCUUACUGUUACCCAUAUUAAUGUUUUAUUUAAUGUAAUUAGGGCAACACAAAACCCUGCCCCACAGUCCAUAAAAUAGUAUGAGCAUAUCAGAUCAGCAUAUGUUAAGGUUAUGGUUUCUGCUCUGCACUUUGAACUUGUCAACCUUCUGCCAGGGAACCUUUCAUGUAAUGCAGACUGUUAUUGAUUUUCUUAUGGUUUGGAAUAAACCCAACACUGUGGAAAUUGAGCUGAUCAGAAAGAGAGAGAAAGAGUGAGAGUUUUGGUUUAAGUAUUAGUAUGUAAACCAGCAAAUAUCCCAGGGACUUCCAAAGUUGACAAUCUUUCUAAAUCCAUUUGCAAUUUUUUUUCAAAAGACAUCUUUUAUUUAGAACAAAGUUUGUUUAACUCUUUGAUUCUAACUGUAGACUUUUUAUUUACUUUAUGAUAAACAAAUGGUUGUGAUAUGUGUAUCACCCCUGACACAGUCAUGUCCACCACGCCUGACACAGUCAUGUCCACCACGCCUGACACAGUCAUGUCCACCACGCCUGACACAGUCAUGUCCACCACGCCUGACACAGUCAUGUCCACCACGCCUGACACAGUCAUGUCCACCACGCCUGACACAGUCAUGUCCAUCACGCCUGACACAGUCAUGUCCACCACGCCUGACACAGUCAUGUCCACCACGCCUGACACAGUCAUGUCCACCACGCCUGACACAGGUAUGUCCAUCACGCCUGACAGUCAUGUCCACUCACAAAGCACACUUUAUAUGAGAUGGCAAUUCAUUUGCUUGUUUAUAGUCAAGUAAACAUGCGACUUGUCGAAAUAUAUUUUAGCUGUCUCCUUCCACGAAAAAAAGCUCUGCGGUUGGCUAAAAAUGCCCCCCCCCCAGAAUAAAGAAAAAAGUACCACCCGACGCAAACCGCCCCGUCCUCCCUAUGUCACCGGUUGCAGUAGAAGGUUGUCUCUGGAUUGUCUCAUGGGCUUUGUUGGAUAAUAAAACAAUGCCUCUAAGAAAAAUGAAAUUUUAAUACAAAGAACAAGAUGAUAUUGUUGAUCUGAUGCCCAAAAAAAAAAUGACAUUGUGAAGAUGAUUGCUACUAUUUGACGAUGGUUGUUAUUAUUUUUUGCUACUAUUCGAAGAUGAUUGCUCCUAUUGGAAGAUGGUUGUUACUAUUUGUUGCUACUAUUUGAAGAGGUUUGUUACUAUUGUGUGAAGUCCAUUGUCCAUCCCUCAAUCACCAUUAUAAUCAGUUAUCAUAAGCUUCAAGAACUUGUGUAUACCUUGUUGCAAUCUUUUUUUUCUUCCAGCAACUGACUUUUUUUUUUUGCUAAAGAAUUCUUUAUUAAAAUUGAAUUAAUUUAUUUACAAAAUAUAUAAUUCAAGUGAUCAAAACACG